AUGGAUGGCUUUGGUCGGUCGUCUCGGCAAGAUAGGAGUCUGUCGACCUCCGCAUCAAACAGACUGCUUGAUCCAGAAGCCGCUGUUGGAAAGACAGGAUCGAAGCCUGGCCCAACCCGACGACGACGGGCUCAUGGAUUGAUGCAGCCAAGAGUAGCACCAUGGGAAGGCUUGACCUACUGCGUUACAUCGCCAAGUCGUGACUCGCGACCGGCGUCAAUCCAAACAAGCCAAGACCGUGCUCCACAAAUGGCGAUGCAACGUCAGCCAGGGUCGGAACCAGGGGACAAGUGGGGGCUGUCCCUAUGCGAGCAACCGGAAGCCGAUGCGGGUGGAGUGCCAGGCAAGGAUGCGUCUCUCGCAAUCGCUUGGCAUCCCUCCACCAUGGGACGCUGCUGCCAAGUGGGCCACCAUCCCUACUUAGUCUGCCAGGCUCCCAUGGCCAAGUAUGGGUGA